AUGGAAAAUACAGACCAUUCUUAUAAUCAACAACCUGUAAAUAAUAAUGAUGUUAGGGAUUUAUUAUUUGAAAAUUCACCACUCGACCAAUAUCUUCAAUCAUUAAAUUUAAAAGAAAAUGAAGAUAAUAGAGGUGAAGUUUUAUCAUUUGAAAUGUUUAGUCAAGAGAAUAUUGAAAAUAAUGAAGAAUAUAAUCAAAUAAAAUAUGAUAAUAACAAUAAUAAUGAAAAAAAUAACGAUAAUAAUAAUACUUUUAAAAAUAAAAAUAAUAAAAAUAACAACAUCAAACUAAAUAAAAUUCAAAUAUUCUUCAUGUCAUUAUACCAAUCUAUAUCAUCAAUUAUAAUUGAAUCAGAUAUUCUAUUAGUACAAGAGUCACCAUUUAUCCAAAAUCCUAAUUUAUCAUUAAAAGAUAAUGAUGAUAAUGAUGAUGAUGAAUCACCAUUACCACCAAUAUAUCCAUUAUCAUUAUACACCUUAGAUAAUGAUAACAUAUCAAAUAAUAAUAAUAAUAAUAAAGAAUUAUCAUUAAAUAUUAUUGAAUUAAUAUCAAUAUUAUAUAACAAUAAUAAUAAUAAUAAUAAUAAUAAUAAUAAUAAUUAUAUAAUUAUAUUGAUAUCAAUUUUAAUUUUAAUAAUAUCAAUAUUUUUAAAUUUUAAAUUAAUAAUUUUUAUAUUUUCAAUAUCAUUAAUAGUGAUUAUAUUAAUAUUGAAAAUUAUAAAUUCAAAGAUUAAAGAGAUUCAAAGAAAUAUUAAAUCAUUAGAAAAAGUUAAUUUAGAAUUAAUUGAUGCUUGUAAGAAUCAUUAUAAUCAAAUUAGUAAAACUAUACAAUUAAUUAGAGAAGUUGAAUUAAUAUCAAGAGGUUAUAGAUUAUCAACACCAAUAACUCCAAUUGAAAGAAUUGAACAAUCCAAUAAUAGUGGUAAUGGUACUAGCAAUAGUUAUAAAUCUGAAAAAUCAUUUAUUUUAAGAGCAAGUGUUUCAAAAUCAUUAAAAACAUUUAUAAUUUUAUUUAAAAAUUUAAUUGAAAAUCAAGCAAUUUCUUUAAAUUUACUUGAAAAUCAAAAACAAUUUAUUAAAUGUCAAUUAUCAGAACUUUUCAAUUCAAAUAAUAAUAAUAAUAAUAUUGAUGAUGAUGAUGAUGAUGAUGAUAUUAACACAAAAGAAAAUCAAGAAGAAAUAGAAUUAGAUCAAUUAGAAAAUGAUUCACAAUUACCAAUUGUAACAUUAAAAUUAAUGUUACAUCAAUAUGAAUUCAUGGUUUCAAAUUUCUUUACUUUAUUUAUUAUAUCAUUUUCAAAUUUAUUAAAUAAUAAUAAUAAUUUUAAUAGAAGUGAUGGUAUUAUUACUACUAGUAACCUCUUUAAUUUUUCAAAUAUAAAUAAUAACAUUUGCCAAUUUCAAUCAAUUCUAUUAAAAAUUUCAAAUAGAUUAACGAUUGAAAAUAAUUCAAUUAAAUCUUUAAUUUCAAAAGAAUUAUGGGAAAAUAAAAUUCCAAAAAGAGUUAUAUUAUCAAAACCAAAGAAAACAACUAUUGAAUCAUUUAUAUAUAAUACUAAUCAAAUAGCAGAAUCAUUAAAUAGCAUUAGUCCAUUAUUUACAAGUUUACUUGAAAAAAUAGUUCCCUUAAAACAAAAUAAUAAUCAAAAUAAUAAUCAAAAUAAUAAUAAUAAUAACAACAAUAAUAAUAGUGAUUAUGAAUCAUCAUCAUCAUCAUCAUCUAUAACAAUACUUGAUAUUUUAAAAUUAGAUGAAGUUGUAAAUGACUUUUUAUUAAUUAAAAAUGAAUUAACAAACUCAUUAAAGAAUUGGGAUAAUGCAAAUAGAUCUUUAGUAAAGAUGGUUAGAACUAUACCAACAACAAAUCCAAAUUUACAAAAAGAAUGGACUGAACAAGAAGCAACUGAAAAAUUAAAAAAACUAUUAGAAAAAUUAAGAUCCAAUCAUUUUAAUAAUAAUGAUGAUCAUGAUGAUCAUGACGAUGAUGAUCCUAAUAAUCAAAGACGACAAAAACAAAAUGAAUUAAAUAAAUUAAUGACUUCAACUACAACAAUCAAUGAAAAUCAAUGGUUAAUUUAUGAAGAUACUGGUGACCUUGAUCCAACAUAUAUUGAAAGACCUCUAAUUCAAAUUAAUGAAAAUACAAAUAGUGAACUAUCAAAUACAAAUAAUGAAACAACAACAAUAAUAAUAACAAAACCACCCCCACCUCCACCACCAAUGGGAUUACCAAGAAGAACCAAACCUCCAAAAAGGACAAUGUAUGAUCCUGAUUUUGAUCCAAUAACUCAAAAAAUGAAAAUAUCUUCUGAAACUAGUACUCAAAAUAAUAAUAAAAAUAGUAUUGCUGCUUCAAUAAUUCCACAAAAGAAAUUAAUGAAUGAACUUAAAACUGUUUUAGAUAUUCAUGUCCUAAAAAAGAAUAUGCCAACUUAA